GUAAACGUUCAGCCGUUCACCACAUAAACACAGCACCAGGAAACCAAUUUCACAAUUAACGGAUAACGGAUAAGGAAACGAACUAUUCCGAUCAUCUCAGUUUUGGUAACGUUUAUUUCCUCACAUCGCAAUGAAAUGAGGGGAGCAUGGGGGCCAAAGAGUCGAGGAUAGGAUUCCUGUCGUAUGACGAGGCCGUCAAGAGAGUCACUGAUGUGGAAUUGAAGCGUCUGAAAGAUGCAUUCAAGAGAACCAGCGGCAUCACAUAUUACAUGACCCAGCAGUGCUUCUACAGGGAAGUGCUGGGAGAUGGAGUUCCCCUCAAAGUUGCAGAGGUGAUCUACAGCUCGUUUGGAGGCUCGUCCAAAGGGCUGCAUUUCAACAAUCUGAUCGUGGGUUUGGUGCUUUUGACAAGAGGACGCGAUGAGGAGAAAGCAAAGUACCUCUUCAGCCUGUUUGCCAGUGAUCUGGGUGGAUAUGCUGCCAGGGAAGACAUUGAGGCAGUUCUGCAGGUUCUGGAUGGAGAAGUCCCAGCGUCCCUCAAGAAGUGCUUCAGUGAGGGUGACAAAGUGAACUAUGAUCGUUUUAAGAGCUGGCUCCUACAGAAUAAAGAGGCCUUCACUUUGUCCAGAUGGCUCCUGUCUGGAGGAGUGUGUGUCACACUCACAGACGAUAGCGACACACCCACGUUCUACCAGACCCUCGCCGGUGUCACACACUUGGAGGAGUCUGACAUUAUCGACUUGGAGAAGCGCUACUGGCUGCUAAAAGCUCAGUCCAGAACUGGACGUUUUGACUUAGAAACCUUUGUUCCGCUGGUCUCUCCCCCUAUCCAUGCUUCACUGAGUGAAGGCUUGUUUCACGCCUUUGAUGAGAAUCGGGACAAUCACAUCGACUUUAAAGAGAUCUCUUGUGGACUGUCUGCAUGCUGCAGGGGGCCAGUCGCUGAAAGGCAGAAAUUUUGCUUUAAAGUGUUUGAUGUGGACCGUGACGGAGUUCUGAGUCGAGAUGAGCUCCAUGAAAUGGUUGUGGCCUUGCUGGAGGUUUGGAAGGACAAUCGCACAGACACACUGCCUGAGCUGCACAGUAGCGUAUCAGACAUUGUAGAGGGCAUCCUGAAGAUGCAUGACACAACCAAGCUGGGUCACCUGACCCUGGAGGACUAUCAGAUCUGGAGUGUGAAGAGUGCUUUGGCCAAUGAGUUCCUAAACCUGCUUUUCCAGGUCUGCCACAUUGUCCUUGGCCUGAGACCUGGUACUCCUGAGGAGGAGGGACAAAUCAUCAGGGGUUGGUUAGAGAGAGAGAGUAGACAUGGGCUGCAGCAGGGUCAGAACUGGUUCCUCAUCUCCAUGCUGUGGUGGCAGCAGUGGAAGGACUACGUUAAAUAUGGCAGUCCCUGCAUCUGUCUUCCCACACAGGAGCAUAAAGGCAUCGUGGUGGAGCAGCCGUCCAUCCUGAGCUCGCUGCGGACCCCCAUGGCCACAGCCACUGUAGAGCACAGUCCACCAGACAGACUGGGAGGACUGGGAACCUUUAGUCAGGUCAGCCCCACUGAGGAGAGGUCACCUGAUGCCAUUUCCAGUGCAUCUGAAGCUACAGAGAGCGCCUUGAGCCCUCAGGUAGCUCCCUCAGCUACAGAGAGCUGUUUUGCCCGUCAACACAAUGUGUCCGACAACAACAAUCAGUGUUUUUCCGGAGCUAACGGACACCUCCCCUCUCAGCUGGCAGCACAGAGACCCGGAGCAAUCGACAACCAGCCCCUGGUCAACACUGACGCCAUGAAGGCCCCCACGUUAACCAUGGAGGGCGGCCGACUGAAGCGCUCCUUGCAGCUGCCACUGGGCAGAGACUUUGAGAUUGUGCCAGAACCGGUGUGGCGGGCACUCUACCACUGGUACGGUGCCAACCUCAGCCUGCCACGACCGGUGAUCUUGGAUAGUAAGACAAGCCAAGCAGAGCUGGAACUCUUCCCCCGCUACCUACUCUUCCUCCGUCAGCAGCCGGCCACACGCUCCCCCCAGUCCAACAUCUGGGUCAAUAUGGGUAUGACCAGCCUGCGAAUGUUCCCUCCGUAUUUACCCGCAGCAAGAGCGGGCAGCGUACCAUCACCCAACGCUCCUCUGAAGAGGGUCCUAGCCUACACAGGCUGUUUCAGCCGCAUGAGCACCAUCAAAGACAUCCACCUUUACCUGUCCCAGAGACUCCGCAUCAAAGAGGAGGACAUGAGACUCUGGCUCUACAACAGUGAGAACUACCUCACUCUCCUGGACGAUGAAGAUCACACACUGGAGAGCCUGAAGAUCCAGGACGAGCAGCAGCUGGUUAUUGAAGUCAGGAACAAAGACAUGAGCUGGCCUGAGGAAAUGUCCUUCAUUGCCAACAGUAGUAAGAUGGACAGACACAAAGUUCCUACAGAGAAAGGAGCGACUGGCCUCAGUAACCUUGGCAACACGUGCUUCAUGAACUCCAGUAUUCAGUGUGUGAGCAACACAAAGCCCCUCACAGACUACUUUAUCUCUGGAAGACACCUCUAUGAACUCAACAGAACAAAUCCCAUUGGGAUGCGAGGUCACAUGGCCAAAUGUUAUGGUGACCUGGUGAUGGAGCUGUGGAGUGGGACACAGAAGAACGUAGCUCCACUUAAACUGAGGUGGACGAUAGCAAAGUACGCCCCACGCUUUAAUGGCUUCCAGCAGCAGGACUCUCAGGAGCUGCUGGCCUUCCUCCUAGAUGGCCUUCAUGAAGACCUGAACCGCGUCCAUGAGAAACCGUAUGUGGAGCUGAAGGACAGUGACGGCAGGCCGGACUGGGAGGUCGCCUCCGAGGCAUGGGAGAACCAUCUGCGCAGAAACCGCUCCAUUGUAGUGGAUCUGUUCCACGGUCAGCUCAAGUCACAGGUGAAGUGUAAGACAUGCGGACACAUAAGUGCUCGCUUUGACCCCUUCAACUUCCUGUCCCUGCCACUGCCCAUGGACAGCUCCAUGCACCUGGAGAUCACAGUGAUCAAACUGGACGGCUCCACGCCUGUGCGGUAUGGCUUGAGGCUGAACAUGGAUGAGAAGUACACAGGGCUGAAGAAACAACUGAGUGAACUCUGCAGUCUAAAGCCAGAACAGAUCCUGUUGGCUGAGGUCCACAGCUCCAACAUCAAGAACUUCCCCCAGGACAACCAGAAGGUGCGUCUGUCUGUCAACGGCUUCCUGUGUGCAUUUGAGAUCCCUGUGCCAGGUUCACCCACGUCUCUGAGCUCACCUACACUGACAGACAUCACCCCAAUCGCUAAUGGUUCAGCUGCGAAUGGAAUCCUGGGGAACAAACCUGUCCUCAUUCCCAAUGGAGGACCCAGCACAGGGGUCCCCUGCAGCCCAGAGACCCCGCUUGCCAAUGGGGUUGCAAACGGACACAUCACGCCGAUACAGGAAAGCCCCUUCAUUGGAUACAUCAUCGCCAUGCACAGGAAGAUGAUGCGUACAGAGCUGUACUUCUUGUCGUCGCAGAAGAACCGACCCAGUCUGUUUGGCAUGCCUCUCAUUGUCCCCUGUACGGUUCACACCAGUAAGAAGGAUCUGUAUGAUGCCGUCUGGAUCCAAGUGUCCCGCCUGGCAAGCCCGCUGCCCCCCCAGGAAGCCAGCAACCACGCACAAGACUGUGACGACAGUAUGGGCUACCAGUACCCCUUCACUUUACGAGUUGUUGGUAAAGAUGGUAACUCAUGUGCCUGGUGUCCCUGGUACAGAUUCUGUCGGGGUUGUACAGUCGAGUGUUGUGAGGACAGAGCGUCUGUAGGAAAUGCUUACAUCGCUGUUGACUGGGAUCCCACCGCCCUCCACCUCCGCUACCAGACUUCCCAGGAGAGGAUCGUGGAGGAGCACUGCAGUGUGGAGCAGUCUCGCCGUGCACAGGCCGAGCCCAUCAGCCUGGACAGCUGUCUAAAGGCCUUCACCAGUGAGGAAGAGCUAGGUGAGGAUGAGCUCUACUACUGCUCCAAGUGUAAGACGCACCGGCUCGCCACCAAGAAGCUGGACCUGUGGAGGCUGCCCCCCAUCCUGAUUGUGCACCUGAAGCGCUUCCAGUUUGUUAAUGGUCGCUGGAUUAAGUCCCAGAAGAUCGUAAAGUUCCCGCAAGAGAGCUUUGAUCCAAGCGCCUUCCUGGCCCCCAGAGACCUGGAGCAGCAUCGCCUGCACUCUCGCAGCGAGAGCGAGGACCUGCUGAGGGUUGGGGAGGACAAUCUAUCCUCCAUCUCUGCCCCUGCUGGCUUCUGCAACCUCAACAAAGCCUCUCCUGCCUCAAGCAGGAAAUCGGCACCUUCUCUCAGCCGGACCAGCAGCCCCUCCUGUAGCCCAAAGACCAGCUCCGGGGGACGCAGACAGGGUCGGCUACGUCUUCCCCAGCUGGGCAGUCGGCACCGCCUCUCUAACAGCAAGGAGAGCCUGGACGGAGCUGUUAACGCUGAGGCAGAUUCUCGGGAUGGUGCAUCGCAGGCAGACACAGAGGGGAGCACAGGAGGGACGGCGGCAUGCAGCCAUGCUGGAUCAGGAGAUGGGAUCACAUUAGAGUCACUGAGCAGCACAGAGGCAUCCAGCAGCCACUGUGAUGUGGUUUUAGUGAACGGUGAAAGCAACGGGCUGAGCUCAGACUGCAGCACAGAGAGCAGCAUGGACCCUGACAGCUCACUGCUGCAGCACAGAGACAACAUGUGUCUGGACGCCAUCUACAACCUCUAUGCAAUAUCAUGCCAUUCAGGAAUCAUGGGAGGAGGGCACUAUGUGACGUACGCGAAAAACCCCAAUGAGAAAUGGUACUGUUACAAUGACAGCAGCUGUAAGGAGGUUCACUCCGAGGAGAUUGACACCGACUCUGCCUACAUCCUCUUCUACGAGCAGCAGGGCGUCGAGUACUCCCAGUUCCUGCCAAAGAUCGACGGCAAGAAGAUGGCCGACACCAGUAGCAUGGACGAAGACUUUGAGUCAGACUACAAGAAGUACUGUGUCCUCCAGUGAUCGUCUUCCAUCACACCUGCUACUGCUGUGAGCGGGGACAUUCAGAUCGUUGUGGUCACAAACUGCUAACAACCAGAGUCGGACUGUGCUCUCUGUGUUUAGGGACGUGUUGCAGCACUUUCUACACUUGAUCACAAACUUGGAUGAGUGCAAACAUUCGCCAAGGCGACAAUGAAGCCCUGGUGAAAAAAAAGCACUAAACUGGUGCACUUUGCUGAGCCCGACAAAACAAACCCUCCUCGUCCUCCUACCCCUCCACUCGCCAUAACCUUCGUGCAACAUUUAUACGCUUGCUUAUGCAUCUUUGAAUGUAUGCCUGUGUGGCCAAGUCAUGAAGUCCUGCAUCUAUCAGCUGUGAUGUCAGGAGAUGAAUCGACAAUUAAAUCUGACGUCACCUGGAUAUAUCAUCUGAAGAAAAGCACAGGAGUUCCAGGUGUAAACUUGAGGCCAACGAUUGGUUUUAAACGGUCAAAUUUGAUGCAACAUGAUGAUGAAAUGUGGUAUGUAAUAUGUCGGAUACUCUAUAGACAUUUUAGAAGAUGCUUCUCCAAAGGUUUUAUUAGUGGUAGUGUCACAUAAUUCAUAUGCUACCUCAUCACUUCAUGCAGUGUCAGCCAACUCCACCCUGAUCAUCUAUGACAGUAUUAAUAAUCAUUAGAAUGUUGAAUUCCACUGUAGGAGUCAUGGUGCACACAUUUCACUGCGCUCUCACACAUCCUUAUAUGGAUAUGAAGAGUGUGUUCGAUCCCGCUGCUGCCAAAUAGCCUGCAUUACCCAUAAUGCCCCUGAAACUCAGAACACUUUAGUGUCACUCUGGGUAUGUUGAGGAGAGGUGCCAUGAUUUCAAAAAGGAGACGCUACAAGAUUAAGAGACAGUAUAUGUUUUUGUUUUUGCAUCCUGUUUUUUUUUUUAUAUAUAUAUAAAUGAUUAAUUUUAUUGUACUUUAUCUUCAUUUUUUUUAAGACUUUAAGAGCCACUUCAGGUAAAGGAAUGAUAUCAAUCUCAAAGUUACACAGAGAGGUGCCAAGCACUGUUCACCUGCUGCAGCUCUCAACAGUUAGUCCAUGUCCACACCGAUGUGUUCAUUUUAAAAUGCAAAACCUGUGAGACAUUCAGACCCAGAAGUCCAGUCCGUGCGAACUAAAACAGAGAAAAAUGGCGCUGUAAGAGAAAAAGAAAUUAUCAAAUGGACAGCCACAGUCUUCACUGCAAAAAUUACAGUUUCAUGGGGUACAUUUCUCCAAUUUCUUGUGAAAAAUAUCUCUCUACACUUUCACCUUGCAGGUCCAGAUAAGUGUUAUAUUUUCAGGCCUGAGUUGCAUGAAGUAAGUAAAAAAUGUGCCAAUGCAUCGAGCAAAAUUUACUUGUUUCUUCAAGUAAGAUCAAUGUUAAGGAGAAAAGCAAACAUAAGCAUUGUUGUGAAGCAGUUCAUUAGGGAUGCACCAAUAUUGGUGCUGAUACCAUGCUAAAGUACGUUUACAGUAUUGUAUCUGAUAUCAUUUUGAGAGAAUGAGAACAUGUCAUCCUCCUAUUAUUUGAGCAGGUUGGCAAAGUUUGAGUCAUGUCUUCAGUUUGGGGAUAUUUUAGCAUAAAUGAGGUUGACAUAACACUGCAAGAUGACACUGCAAACUAUGCACUGCUAAAUUCUCAAAAAGAGUGAGGAAGAAACUAAUGAAAAAUAUAAACUUUCAAUAUACUUUACGAACUAUCAUGGUUACUAAGUAUUCAGAUUGAUUCUGACAUUUGUCCAUAUUUGGUUGGGUUGAGUACCCAAAUGUAAGUACUUCUACUUGGUUGAGAGGGGUCUGGCUGCAGACUGUUGCUCUCAAGCACUCCCUCUUGCAAACCAUAACUGUGAGACACAGCAUCCAUCAGAAUGGGAAUACACACUAAAACCUUCAAAAAAAUAAUUUUAAACUUUCGCUUAGGCCAGUGUAAUAGUUAAGGUAAGGUUAGGAUACCAAAAGUUAAAAACCUGACCUGCAAAACCUGAUUACAGAAUGUAUAAACAAGGCUGAGUAAACAGCCUGCUCACAGGAGAAAAGCUUGUACUCCAUGAAAACACUCUUAAUGUAGCAAAUGUAGCUCCAUUAGCUGCAUAAGCUAGUAGCUGAAGCUUAAGCUCACAAAUCUCAUGAUAUACCAACAAAGCUGUAAGCCUAAUGUCAGCUACAUAAGCUACAUAGCUGUGUUAUCUGUGUAACUCAUGUAGCUACUGUACCUCUAAAUAUCUUUGCUAGACCUAACUUAGCCACAUUGGCUUAUGUAGCAAUGUUGACUAGCUAGCACAUCUUUGUCAGCUUUAGCUAAAGCUAUCGUAGCUAUAAUGGCUUACAUUGUAACAUUAACUACGUAGCCAGUGAAGCUAUUUGGCUUUGGCUAAGGUUAACAAGUUAAAGCAAGCCACCAUUAGUGUAACUUCUUCUGAAACAGGUCGAUACCUAAUUUAAUCCUGGAUUAGACCUUUGAGCUUUAUUUCUUUUUAUUGCUGAAAUGUUUGUUAGUCUGUAACAUUUGUAAUCUACAUUUUCCCCCCAAAAAACUCUAAAACUGUGAAUACUGGAAAAUUACAGGACUUCUGUUUCGACGGAGACAGUGUCUCAAAGUAACGGUCUGUGAGAGGGGGCAUCCAAGAUAUACAGUCUACAGCAAGACAAGAGUUGGUCUGGAAAAAUAGUGCUAUUGGUGUAUCACUACAAUUUAUUUAACACAUUUGAGUAAUCCCAGGCCCUUUACAUCUUGCCAUUUUUCAUGGCUGCUGUUAAAGAACAAUGUUCUGCAUUUUAUUGGGCUACUGCUUCUUAAAUGCACAGGUGGAAUUCCUGUGUCCAGCUACAUUAUCAGCAAGGAAUCUUUAUUUGUACCUGUAAAGGUUAAUUUGUUGUGCAGACAGGAGUUUCAGUGUUCCAAAAAUAAAAACAACAAAUAACAGCAAAACUAAUUCACAAUUUAAGACACAUCCUGGUACAAAAUACAUUAAAAACUAACAUUAAAAUGUUAAAACCAACAUAAUUGGUCAAAUCAAGUCACGAUAAAGUUCUUACAUAGACACCAAAUCAGAAAUUUAAAACAUCCUUUCAUAGUUAAAGGGAUUGUGCUUGCUUUGCUGAGAAUAGCUACAGCUGCAGGCACGAAAGUGUUGCUGCAGUGUUUUGUUCUUCCCUCAGGAGUAACAAACCAACAGCCAGAGCAAAGAAGCCAGCUCAGACGAAAAACCCACGGCAGGUAGCUGUGAAUGUGCAAAUCAAACAAUACUGAUAUCUGUUUCAACAGCACAUCAAAAAAUAGAAGUCUCGUUAAAGGAUCUUAGUUACAUUUUCUUGUUGCACUGUUUGACUCAUUACAAGCACCACAGACCUUACUUUUUGCUUUUUAUACUUUGAAAUAAGAUUCUUUGUGUGGACUUGUCUGGUUUAUGUGGCUAUAGAAAUUAGAUAUUUUUACUGAUUUUUAGAUAAAUAUACUCUUGCUAAACUUUGAGAUUUUUUGCAGUGAAGUGGAUGUAACUUUUCUUCAUUUUCAAGGAAAUCCCUCUUAAGAUACUGGUAAACUGUAUUAUCUAAUUGAUAUCUAUAUUCAAAACCAGAGCCUCAAGAUGAGGUGUUUAUUUGUUGUGUUGAGAGCUGCAGCAGUUUGCCUCCUGACAGUAAACGCUUCACUACAUAACUGGACCUCCAGCAUUUCAUUUUUUUUCUGUUCGCUGUGUCUAAACAUCAUCUUCCUCUAAACUUCCGUUCCUUAUGUCUUGUCUUCUUCAUGUGAAAGUUUGAAAUAAACAAACCCAUGCGUUUUGCUGUGUGGAGUCCAGCGGGGUGUGAAGCAGCACAUGUGGAGCUCCUCGGGCUCGGUCUAAUCACUGUGAACUGAAAAGCAGCUCCUGAAAUUCCCCCUCCUUGUCUUCACUUCUUUAAGCUGCUGUAUUUAUGACGAGAAGGCGCCAGCGCAGAUGUUAUUGGAGAGAUAUUUGUCACUGAAUGAAACUUUAUUUUCCUUUGCAUUUGUUGAACAAAUGGAAAUGUACAGAGUGAUAUUUAUGUUUGUUUGCUCCGUCUUCCUUUUUUCCCCCCUCCACCCUUCCUGCCUAUGUCCAUGUUUCAAAUUUCAUGAAUUUACUCAAAGGGAAAAUUUGUCUCUUGAGAACCCAGCUUGAAAUGUUUGCUUCAUUUUAAAGGUGCAAUAGCUGUCAAAUUAUCAUGUGUUGGCUGUGAAUGAUCCCUGAAAUCGGCUACCUGUGUGAUGCUAAGCUAACCACACCUGUAGCUUAAACUGUAUCCGCAAAAACAGUUCAAUUCAGCAUAGUUCAACAGAAGUGAGCUUGGAUGCUCAAUCGAUCAAUAUAUGAACCACAAGGACGCUAUGUUAAGCCCCUUCCUUCCUUUCAAGCCCUAUCCACUUGUUACCAACCCCACCAGAAGAGUUGUUCGGUGUGUCGGCAGGCAGUGCAAUCUACUACUGAGCUGUCUGUGAGUGUCUGUAGCCACUUUUUAUUUAAGUUCAUUUCCGUUGGAUCUGAACCAGAGUUGUUAAUUUAAAGAACUUUUUUUGUAAUGUGUUUGUUGAAAGAACGUGACAUCGCACUGACAUGAAAAAAACAUGUACAUAAAAAAUGUGUUUUGUAAAUAAGCCAAUGAAAACGAUGUAUUUGAAUAUCAACUGUACAAAAUACUGUACUUGUAGUUGUAUAUGGAGUGAUACCGUUGAUCUGUAACAAAAUACCCAAGCAACAAAUUAAAUUCUGCAGAGGAAAC